UCCCUCCAGUAAAGGUUCACAGCAGUCAGAAGGUAACUACUAUACAGUAUAGUCCUCCUGAAUGUCUCUCUGUUGUCUGAACAUGAAGACCUCUAUGAUUGUCCUCAUCCUCUGCUGUCAGGUGUAUGCAGAAGACAAAGUUCUGCAUAUUGAUAUAUAUAUUAAUGGAUGCAGUGAUUCAGAUGGAGUGAAUAUGUAUGGACUGGAUGGUGAAGAGAUUUUGUACGCAGACUUCAACAAAAAGGAGGGAGUGGUGGCUCUGCCUCCAUUUGCAGAUCAGAUUACCUUCCCUGGUUUUUAUGAACAUGCUGUAGGUGAUCAGGGGGUAUGCAAAGGAAACCUGGCCACAUCUAUAAAAGCUUACAAGAACCCACCAGAGACAAUAGCCCCUCCUCACAGCAGCAUCUACCCCAGGGAUGAUGUGGAACUGGGGGUGGAGAACACUCUCAUCUGCCACGUCAGUGGGUUCUUCCCUCCACCUGUCAGAGUCAGGUGGACCAGGAACAAUCAGAAUGUGACCGAGGGAGGGCGUAUCAGCACCCCCUACCCCAACACUGAUGUCACCUUCAACCAGUUCUCCAGUCUGAGCUUCACCCCAGAGGAGGGAGACAUCUAUGGCUGUACUGUGGAGCACAAGGCCCUUACUGAGCCCCUGACACGGAUCUGGGAACCUGAGGUGAGCCAGCCCAGUGUGGGCCCUGCUGUGUUCUGUGGUGUGGGUCUGACUCUGGGGCUGCUGGGAGUUGCUACCGGAACAUUCUUCCUCAUCAAAGGGAACCAGUGCAACUGAGACUACAGCUGUCAGAGCGUCACAGUUAAAUCUGUAUAAAUAUAGAGUAGAGAGAGUAGUACUUUAUUGAUCCCAACUUGGGAAAUAGUUUUAGAACUCAGCAUCAUCAAAAAAUUGCAACGACAAGACCAAUGACAAACACAUGUUAAAGACACAUAAUAAGACAGAAGAAGGACCCUGCACCUUACAGCUGUAGCCAUUAAAGAUAGAGAGCCGUUUGAGAAAGGUAAGACAUGCUGUUGUCUAUCCUGCUCUGGGAAAACAAACAACAUUACUAUUCAGAAGGCAUCAUAAAUCUAUUAAACAUUCCACUUAUUGAAAGCCUCAUUCCUCCUGAACCUCUCAGUGGGCAUAAUGAACCUACCACCGAAGCUGCUCUGUGUUGCAUUACAGUGCUGUGGAGUGGGUGGGUGACAUUUUUGAUGAUCGUGUGACCCUUGGCCUGCAUCCUUUUUAUGAGCUUGCUUUCUGUAUGAUUUUGUCAAGCUUGUUUAGGUCAUCCUUUGCUACGUUUCUUUUCCAUCACACAUUGGUAUGAGUAAACACACUAGCCACUAACUACACAGAACGUAGAAUGUACGUAGAAUGUAUGCACACAUGACUGUAAGUCGCUUUGGAUAAAAGCGUCUGCUAAAUGGCAUAUACUACAUAUACACAGCUGUAGAACAUGCGAAGAGGACUUUGCUAUCAUUUAAAGUAUCUUUGUACUGUUAAAACUGAUUAUAUAGACUGUAGAUGACAGAGCCUUUUAAGCCUCCUUAGGAAUGAGAGGUUAAACUGCAGAUAAUUUGAAGGGGAGAUGUAUGUACAUGGAAUAUUCAACUAGUCCCUGCUGCUCAGAAGAUUGACUGGGCGAGGGAUUAGCACCUCCAAAUUGAUGUACGUCUGGGAUAUGGGUUUACCCCCGGUUUGAGUUCUAGUUGGUGUUUGUGUUUCAUUUUUCCCUUUGUAACCUUUUACAUGUUUAUUAAAGCUUAUUAGCCCUGAAA